GACAGACUCUUCCCAGUGGCCGUGUGCACUCAGAGGAGAGUCGGAAGAGGUUUCGGAGAGGCUGCCAGGUGAAAUACUCAGUCGUCCAUCAUGUCCAAGCCGUUGACAGACCAGGAAAAACGGAAACAGAUUUCCGUCCGUGGGUUGGCCGGCGUGGAAAACGUCUCGGACCUGAAAACUAAUUUCAACCGGCACCUCCACUUCACCCUGGUGAAGGACCGGAAUGUGGCCACCAAAAGGGACUACUACUUCGCCUUGGCUAACACCGUCCGGGACCACCUGGUGGGCCGCUGGAUCCGGACCCAGCAGCACUACUACGAGAAGGACCCCAAAAGGGUCUACUACCUCUCCUUGGAGUUUUACAUGGGUCGGACUCUGCAGAACACCAUGGUGAACCUGGCCUUGGAGAACGCCUGCGAUGAAGCCACGUAUCAGCUGGGCCUGGACAUGGAGGAGCUGCAGGACAUCGAGGAAGAUGCAGGUCUUGGAAACGGUGGUCUGGGUCGUCUGGCCGCUUGUUUCCUUGACUCCAUGGCCUCCCUGGGUCUGGCUGCCUAUGGAUACGGCAUCCGCUACGAGUUCGGGAUCUUCAAUCAGAAGAUUGUCAGCGGCUGGCAGGUGGAAGAGGCCGAUGACUGGCUGCGUUACGGCAACCCCUGGGAGAAGGCUCGCCCUGAGUACAUGCGCCCGGUCCACUUCUACGGGAGGGUGGAGCACACACCUGAGGGAGUGAAAUGGGUGGACACACAGGUGGUCCUGGCUCUCCCAUAUGACACCCCGGUCCCUGGCUACAGGAACAACAUCGUCAACACCAUGAGGCUGUGGUCUGCAAAGGCACCGUGUGACUUCAACCUCAAAGACUUUAACGUCGGAGGCUACAUUCAAGCUGUGUUGGACAGAAACCUGGCUGAGAACAUCUCCAGAGUACUUUACCCCAAUGACAACUUCUUUGAAGGGAAGGAGCUGCGUCUGAAGCAGGAGUACUUUGUUGUCGCAGCCACACUGCAAGACAUCAUCCGCAGAUUCAAGGCGUCCAAGUUUGGCUCCACAGAAUAUGUGCGACUUGACCUUUCUACACUGCCAGACAAGGUGGCCAUCCAGCUGAAUGACACCCAUCCUGCUUUGGCUAUUCCUGAGCUGAUGAGGAUCCUGGUGGAUGUAGAGAAACUCACCUGGGAGAAGAGCUGGGACAUCGUGGUUCGUACCUGUGCCUACACUAACCAUACUGUCCUGCCUGAAGCUCUGGAACGCUGGCCCGUUGACCUCUUCCAAAACCUCCUUCCUCGUCACUUGGAGAUCAUCUAUGAGAUCAACAGGAGGCACCUGGAGCGUAUCGCCAAGCUCUAUCCCGGAGACCAUGACCGCCUGCGUAGAAUGUCUCUGAUCGAGGAAGGCAACGUGAAGAAAAUCAACAUGGCUCACCUGUGUAUUGUGGGAUCCCAUGCGGUUAACGGAGUGGCCCGUAUUCACUCAGAAAUAAUCAAAGAUACUGUGUUCAAGGAUUUCUAUGACGUGGAUCCUCAGAAGUUUCAGAAUAAGACCAACGGCAUCACUCCGAGGCGCUGGCUGGUGAUGUGCAACCCUGGUCUGGCAGAGGUCAUCGCAGAGAGGAUUGGUGAGGACUACAUCCGGGACUUGGACCAGCUCAAGAAGCUUCUCAAAUUUGUGAAUGAUGACGCCUUCAUUCGGGAUGUUGCUAAAGUCAAACAAGAAAACAAGAUGAAGUUUGCUGCCCAUCUUGAAGACCACUACAAGGUGAAGAUCAACCCCAACUCCAUGUUUGACGUCCAGGUGAAGAGGAUCCACGAGUACAAAAGACAGCUGCUCAACUGCCUGCACAUCAUCACGCUGUACAACCGAAUCAAGAGGGAGCCCAACAAAUCAUGGACCCCCAGGACAAUCAUGAUUGGAGGAAAAGCGGCUCCAGGUUACCACACUGCCAAGAUGAUCAUCAAGCUGAUCACAUCAAUUGGAGACAUUGUCAAUAACGACCCUGUGGUUGGAGAUCGCCUGAAGGUCAUCUUCCUAGAGAACUAUCGGGUCACUCUGGCUGAGAAGGUGAUCCCUGCAGCUGAUCUGUCGGAGCAGAUCUCCACAGCAGGCACUGAGGCCUCCGGCACCGGGAACAUGAAGUUCAUGUUGAACGGCGCCCUCACUAUCGGCACUAUGGACGGCGCCAACGUAGAGAUGGCAGAGGAGGCUGGAGAGGAGAACCUUUUCAUCUUUGGCAUGAGGGUGCCUGAUGUGGAAGCUCUGGACAAGAAGGGCUAUGACGCGAUGUCUUACUACAAUCGCAUCCCAGAGCUUAAACAGGCCAUGGAUCAGAUUUCUGGAGGCUUCUUCAGCCCCAACCAGCACGACCUCUUCAAAGACCUGGUCAACAUGCUCAUGCACCAUGACAGGUUCAAGGUGUUUGCAGACUACGAGGCCUACAUCAAAUGCCAAGAAAAAGUCAGUGCACUCUACAAGAACCCUAAAGAGUGGACCAAGAUGGUGAUCCACAACAUCGCUGGCUGUGGGAAAUUCUCCAGUGACCGCACCAUCACCCAGUACGCCAGGGAGAUCUGGGGCAUGGAGCCCAGUCUGGAGAAGAUCGCUGCUCCUGACGAUAUCCACUAAACUACACUUCCGUAGCUCACCACGUGGUCCGACCACCAGAGAAAACCCCUGUAGCUUAGUGCACUGUGGCAUUACUUCUUCAGAUUACUCUAUAACUCUUAUUACUUCUGUUCAUCUGAUAGCAUUUAUUUGAAGUGGGCUUACUCAGAGUAUUUCCCUUUGGGCACCAGCAAAGUAUGUUUUCACUGUUGGUUGAAAACUUUAUAUUUAGAGUUAAAGUAGCCUCGGUUUCAGGUUUUUUGAGUUAGAUGUUUCAACUUGAAAGUGAACUUCAGUUUUCAAACAACAGUGAUGCUCUAACCACAUUCCCCUUUUAAGAAAAUGCAGGAAACCUCAACACUGUUAACGUACCAAACCUCUGUGUCUUCCAUGGUUUAUAGACGGAACAUGAAAAGAAAAACUAUGGCAUAGAAGCAGCACUGUGACCAGAAGGUGUUGGAGGGAAGUCAUGUCUCCACAUCCACAGCAGAUUAUUAAUGUUUCAUAUUAAAAGUUUUUGUGACUGCCGAGUCCACGUUACCUGGUGUUUACUGAAUGUAUCCAUUUGUGUGUUUCCUCAUUACUCACGCAUGCGCCUGUCAGUCUCAUUCUGGUGUUUCCUGAAGUGACCUGUGUUAGAGGAAAAAAAAGCAAAUGAAGCCUUCUCUACCUGAAACCUAAGUGACUGAACAUGUGUGUUUGUUCUGUGUUGUGCAAGUGUGUGUGUUAAACAUAGUGAGUUGUGGAUAUCAGCUCGAUUAGUGUACUGUAACUGCUUCAGCUACUGCGUAAUGCCUGUCUGACUGCUGUCUUAGGAGACUGUCCACAACACUGAACCUAAUAUUUUCACUGUUAAUUUUAUAUUCAAUAAAUAACACUCCAUUACAAAA